AUUAUCUACAUAUUCUAUCUUUAUUUAUUCUUCAUUCAUUCCUACCACACAAAACUUUGCACCUAUUUCACCAAUUACUACAUACAUACCCCAAACAUUCUUCUACAAUCAACACAAACGUCCAUAAUGAGCAUACUCAAACCUUGCAAAUACUCCAAUUACAAUAACCAUAAUUCAUCAUUAUUUCAGUCCAUCAACUCUAAGUUUGCAUUAAAAACGAUAAACACGGUUAGAUUUUAUAGGCCAAAUGUUAAUAAACUUUGUACUGUUAGAGCUAGCUAUGCCGGCGGCGAAGCUCGAAACAAUGAAGAUGGAGCUGAAAGGAAAAGCUUUCUUUCUCUAGAAGAGGCCGGUUUAGUAGAGAUUUCUGGUUUGAGUGUUCAUGAACGUUUCCUUUGCAGAUUAACGAUAUCAUCUUUGAAUCUACUGAGAGUGAUAGCAGAGCAAGAAGGAUGUUCAAUAGAAGAACUAAAUGCAGGAAGAAUUUGUGAUUGGUUCUUGAAAGAUAAGCUCAAAAGGGAGCAGAAUAUUGGCUCCGCUGUACUCCAAUGGGAUGACGAUGACCCUUUUGCUGGCCAAUUUUAAUUACUUUGGUGUAUUACUAAUAUAAUAAUUAUUAUUAUCAUAUCAUGGCAUUUAAUUUCAUCAAUUUUUUUUUUUUGUUUA